UGCCAACACGAGUGUGUAUUGGAUGAAAAGUGACGCGUGUUUGCGGCUUUCACGCGCUCAACACGGUGUGAGAAUCACUCAUGGAUCCGGUAGCAAUCAGAUAUUGAAGCACGAAUCCAGACCAAACCUGGAUGGAUCCUUCGAAGGUGUAAUAGACGACGUGUACCGGAACAAGAAGAACAACUGUGUGAAUCUGCGCGUGACUUUGGCCACGAGUGGGUUGAAAACCAGUGUCUAUUGUGAUAUUGCAGCUUCGCAUGUUGGAAAUCCUCUGGGUGUAUUACCGGGGAUGAAAGUCAGGAUCAGUAACUUGGUGAAGAAGACGAGUGGCUCAGGGAAUCAUUACUAUGUUGCUACUGCCAUGAGUGAUUUCUUUGUUGGUCCAAAAGUGUCUCGUUCGGAAUCGUUGUGGCCUUUGGUGUCUCUGAGUCGACUUCUUCCCGAAAAACUUGCGUGUGUCAGGUUUUUGUUGAUUUCUUUCAAACCCUGGUUCCCGGUGGAGUUUGAAGCCACGUGUGACUCGUGUAGUCGACCUGUGCCAAAUGAGAGUCUUGAAGGACCGAAUUGUGAUACUUGUCUGGAUUCUGGGUGGGUUUUGACGGCUUCAGGAAAGUUUGUGGUGAGCGAUGGGACUUGUAGCAAUUUUGUGCUUGAGGCAAAGAAUGAGCAGGUUUUGCAAUUGUUGGGCAUCAGAGGAGGGUUUGUGGAGGAUUUCAAGACGUUUGUGAGGAAUGUGAGAGUGUUUCACUUCUCUCAUCGGAACCCGGUCCCUGUUCCUUCGGUAUUGGAGGGAAGCAGCGAGUUUGCAGCCAAGAAAAGAAUGGCGAUGCAGAAGAUCUUGAUGCACUUUAGGCCAAAGAACGCGUUAAUUGUUGCUGCGAAGUGUCUGCUUUUCCAGCAUCAGACGUCCAGUCAUGACAAAAGCGGUAUUGAAGGUUCGACGUUUUGGGGACGCUUGUAUUGCCAGAGUGUGGAAGAAGUGACAGAUUUUGUGGAAAUUCCAAGCGAUUGGGUCCGUUCGGAAGAAGAAAAUGAAGAAGAAGCCGAGAGCUUUCCCUUUGACAUUUUAAAUUUCAAUCAAGUACAUAUUCAGCCAAUCGUCAGAAUAAUGCAGCUUUGCGCAAUUUUAUCAGCUUUAUUAUUUGCAGCUGGGGUCUCAGCUGAUACAAAAUUGGAGGAGAUUGAAGCUCGGCUGAAGAAGCUGGAAAUGGAGAACACAAAGGUCCUUGCUCAAAACAGGGCUUUGCACCUUCAGAUGGAUGUCAUCAGGAAAUCAGAGAAGCAGCUGAAAUUGCAACAGGAAGGUCUUCUGUCAAGGCUUGAAGAUGUUGAGAUGAAGCAGAACAAUGAAACAGUGGUGGCUUUCAGCAUCUACCGCACCAUCGACUACGACCUCCUGGACUCUGUGAUCCCGUACCAGGCAGAGCACUUGAACAUCGGCGGCGCCAUCGACACCCGCGUCGGAGUGUUC